CUUGAGCCAGCUGUAAUUUAUGUCAUGUCAUGUUGGUGAAGCACCCAAAAUAAGGAAAGCCACGGAAGUACGCAAUUAAAGUAGCUCAGUAAAGUAAGCUGAGGGCCGUUUCUUGAAAAUGGUGUACAUUUCAAGAAACGGCGCAGUACAGGAAGCCCAACCAUGGGGCGUCGAUCGCAUAAAGGGCCUCAUCAUGGGGUUCUUUAACUUCCUGGUAAUGUUCUUCCGCACGAUGCUGGAUUUCCAGGGCGGCGGUGGUUCGGGCGGCCGUGAUACGACUCGUGGCUACGGGGGCAGUGGCGGCGGGGGUGGUGGUGGUCCGCCCGGUGGUGGGCCGCGCCGGAGGCCAAUCGGACGCCCGAUGACCCUGUCCGACUGCACCAUUCCCGGUGGCGGAUGAGCGCGGUAAAGUGCCAACACGCCGGAACCCUAGCCCACACACACACACACACACUGUGGGCUGGGGCUGGUAGGCGCGUUUGGCACCGUUGCAUCUCUCUCCGAACUGAACCUGUGACCCGGGGCCCGUAGGGACACUCCUACGUAUGACGGGCGCAUCCUAAACCUUCGCUACCAAAACAGGCGGAUGCGUCCCGAAGAGUGGGCCGCGGCGCAGGUUCGCGAACCCUCCUCUCCUGCCGCUCUGGGUGGGAGGAGGACUAUUGCUAUGUUUAACCUUUCGCUGCGUGUGCGCACGUGCAAUUGUCUUCUCGCAACAACUCUUCUUAGUAAUUGUUUAACCGUCUUACUAUGUUUUUACUUCUGAUUUGGGCUGCACAUUUAUAGUGAAAUCUUUGUUUUUUUUUUCGUGGUACGCGUUGCCAACUUUGUACUGUGGUAGAAGAACGAUCAACUGUUAUUAAAUUAAUCUUUGUGUAACAUAAA